UGGCAUCCUUGGUACUAACCUAAAAAUUUAAUAAAUGGCGGUAAAAGCAACAAAAUAGUGAUUGCCAGUGUAACAAAGGAAGUGCUGUAAACACAUACCGAGCAAAAAUUUCUUGAAAUAAAAAACAACAAAAAUAGAAACAACACUGCCUCUGGCAUACAAUGCAGUAGAGAGGAAUGCCAAAAGAUCUUGUGAUGGAAGGUGAUGAUUCAAAAAACAAUGAUCAAAGUGAAGGUAUGACACCUUGGGAAGAUGAUAAUAGCAACAUAGGUGACUAUGAAAACCCUCUGCCGAUAAUAAGAAAGCGAUAUGUUUUGGAUAGUGAUUCAGAUGAUCAAAAAAUAGAUGAACAAAGAUAUGAACAGGGCACUAAAUCCAGAAAAUCUACGCUUAUAGAUAGCGAAAAUGAAUGUGGAAACCAAGGUGUAGAUAAUAUAAUUUUCAAUUCAAAAGGACGGCUGCUACAGGAAAAUAGUUCAUCUCAGAAUAAAUCAAAUUUAGAAGGACUUUAUGAUUUAGAAAGUGAAGAUGAAUUUAUAAGUGAAGGAGAGAAAGAAUCAUUACAACAGUUGAGUCAACAAAACUUCAGCGAAAAGCAAAAAAUACCAAAAUUCAAAGGCAAAAGUAAAAGCACUUUGAAAAGAGGCAAAGCCAAAUCUCAAAAAUUAAAACGUAUGACACCCAAGGAGGCAGCCGAAAUAAGAAAGGAAAUACUGUCAGAGUCGCAAAGAAUGAUACGUGAAAAGAAUGUUGCUUUGCCCUAUCAUAAACCCAGAUCACACAAUAUAAAAGAGUUCCUUUCACAACGACCAAAAUUAGCAAUAACAGUUCCACUUUCUAUAGCUGCACCUCCAUCAGUUGCUAUCAAAAUGUCAACUGAACAAUUGGCAGUUAUUUCAGAAAAAUUAAAGGAACGUGAAAAGAAAUUGAAAAACUUUUAUAAGUCGGACAGUGAUUCGGAGGAUAAGAGUACUGACGAAGAUUAUUUGCCUCCAGCAAUUGACAGCUUUAUACAAAAAGAAAAUGGUAGUCUUCAGGAACCUCAAGAUGAACAGAGUGUUAGUAUUUCUGAGGACCUAGAGCAUGUUAUAAUAAAACCAUCAUCUACAGACACUGAUCCAAAUGCACAUGCAGCAAUUCCACUUGGAGAAAAAGAAUCAGGUACUCAAAUUGUGUUUAAUAUUUUACCAGAGAAUGAUGAAAGAAGUAAACAUAACCAAGAACCAAAUACUAAUGAAGUUGAUGAGAAAACUAUUUAUACGGAAUCAGAAAUAGUGGGUAGCCAAGAAGGACAAAGCUCACUUGAAUUCAAUGGAUUUGAACAUACAACCAAUGAUGGGGAACCCAAUUCUCUUACUUAUAAUUUUAAUUUGGAUGAUCUACAGCAACAUACCGAAAGUAUAUCAAAUUGUGACAGUUUGACUGAAAGUGAUAAAAGGGAUGAUUUGGAAAUAAGAACAGGAGACAAAUUUGUAUUCACACAUCUGAACAACAAAACUGAAAAUUUUCAUAAACAUGAAAAUUCAAAUGAAUUAUGUAAUCUCGUUCCAAAGUCGAAAUUGGAACUCCUUAAUGAGAAGGUACAGAAUAUUAAGCCCAAGCUGAGCGGACAACCAGAUGAAUUGAUUGACCUCAAUUUAAAUGGAAGUAAACCAAGUGAGGUUGUGCAGUUGAUGCAAAGAUUUGCGAAGCAUGUGUCGAGCAAAAAAGAAAACCAUAAGCAUAAAGUUCAUUUAAGUAUUGUAACAGUUGAAAGUGGUGGCGACAUACACAAGGAGACUGUUGCAAUGAAUGUUGAUGAUGGUAAUAAUCCAGAAAUAGAGCAAAAACCUGGCGCGAAAUUGAAGAAAUUAAGACAAGAGUUGCAAUCUCAGAUGGCCCAAAGAAAAUCAAUUAUAUGGCAGCAAAAAUCAUCAAAGGAUAUUUCCAGUGCUUUAAAUCAGUUGUCUCAAGAUAAAAAGGAAGGAUAUGAGGAAGAACUUCCUUUUGAUGACGAAGAGGAGAUUCUGACUGAAUCAGAAGAUUCUGAAGAAGAGAUUGAAGAUGUUUGCAUUAAAGAUAAACCAUCAAAAAAAUCAGUUUUUCUUGAUGAAGAAGCUGAGGAAAGUGGAAUAGAAGAAAUUGAUCAUGAAGUGGAACAUGAUGAAGAUGAAGCAAUAGAUGAGUUGACUGAUCAAAAUUGUGAUAUAAUUGAUGACAAUUCAAAUUUUGCAACCAAAAGUGUGGAUGAUGAAAUAAACUGUGGGGAAAAGAAAUCUUUGAAAAGAAUAUUGAAUACGUUCGAAGAUUCCGACGAUGAUGAGAACAGUGUUGCUAAUAGGGAUACAAUUGGUGUUGAUAAUGAUGAUGAUGAUGAUGAUGUGAUCCCUCCAAAUCAACCUCAGUCCCACACUACUCCUGUCAGACAACCCACCUCUCAGCAAAAAUCUGCUUUUGAUUUUCUUACUCCUAUAUCUUUCUUGACGGGUCUUCAAAGUCUUAAUUCUGCCUCUAAAUCAGCAAAAGCUUCUCCUAUAUUAAUUUCUCCAUUCCGAAUAAAUCAAUAUUCGCCAACAAAAGAUUCUGCCUUCUCAACAUCGCAAAAGAAGUUAUUUCUUGACGAGGAUACUGCCAGCUCUCCAACUACACCAGUGGCCCUAAAAGAGCCGUAUGCGGAUGAAUCCAAUGAAGUAUGUACGCAGGAUUUGUUAAACAUAUGUUCAGGUCAAUUUACAGGAGUAACGCAGUUAGAAUCUUCAGCAAAAGUUGACAGAGAUGAUAUAGAACUAUCCAAACCCGAGGAAAUAAAAUUAUUAGGUGACGAUCAAGAUUUUCUAAUAUCUCAGCUCUUAGAUGAGAAGAAAAUUGAAAAUUUCAAAAAGAAAUUUAAUUCGCCAACGGACAGAAUAAACAGCGAAGAUAAAUGUUUUUCUGAUAUGCACAGAACUGCAGAUGAAAAUACACAGAAAAACGCCAAGGAAACAGUUGGAGGUGGUAUUAUUGAUUCGGAUGAUGAGAACGAAGAUGAAAUUGAAAUAAAAGUUAGGACAAAUAAGAAACAAAUUGUAUAUUCAGAUGAGGAAAGCGCCGACGAAAAUCCUGAAGAAGAUGAGGAGAUUGAAUUGGCAGAUGUAGAUGAAAUGGAUGAUGUUGCUCCAGACGACAUCAAUUAUGAUUCUGAAGAGAAUGAAAUUGAUUCAUCGCGGCAACAAAAGAUAAAAAUGACAGACUUCUUGGAGGAUGAGGCAGAACUCACAGAGUCUGAUUGGGGCAGUGAAGAUGAAGAUGAACAAGAUCUGGAUAGACUUGAGUUUGAGGAGGGUGACAUGGAAAAGUUUGACGAGGAUACAGUUAGGGAAAAUUUAGAAAAAAUUCAUAUGCGGAGGUUAUUAGAUGACGAUACGCGUGAGGUUAAAAUUCUUCAGGAACUUUUGUUGGAGGACGGCGAAUUACACGGUACAGGAAGGCAAAGGCAAUUUAAAUGGAAAAAUGUUAACGAUGCCAACGAUGGUGAAGAAAAUAAAGUGGAUGAUGAUAUUUUUAUGGAAGAAGAAGAAAGCGAAGAACAGUGGAGAAAAAAACGUCACGAACGGGAGAUGUUCUUGAAAGAACAGAAACAAAAGAGUUCAGCUACUGAAGGUUUGAUGCAAAAUAGCGAGUUAUUAAAAAUUGGCCACAAAGUGUUACAGAAAAGCCAAUCUCAAAACAAUUCGUUAAAUAUUGAAAACUCCGAUGCAACUACAGCUAGCCCCGUUCUAAAACAGUUCAGUUUAUUUCAUAAAAGAGGGUCGUUUUUAAGUAGAGGUGACCAGGUUCUUCAGAAAGUAGCAGAAUAUUCUAAAGUUACAGCCGUCCUUGGGUUUGGCGCAUCUAAAACAACAAAGAAUUUUAUUUUUCAGAAGAUGUCGGCUACAGGGGACAUGGUAGAGAAAAAAAGAAAAGCACCUGAAGGAACACCAAACGUGAUCAAAAGGAUGAGGUUAUCGGACUUAAGUCCAGCGCUUAAAAAGAAGUCUAGUAACAUAAAAAAAUUAUUUAAUGAUAUGUAGAGCGUUUUACCUAGACAAAUAAUUAUUUAAAUUCAUAAGUUGUUUGUACAAAUAUAUUACAUUAAAAAAUGUUCUUGAUUUUG